AUGCACGACACGGAAACGGACCGACACAAAUCGCAGGAGAGUGGGCCGUCCACGCCCAGCCUCGGGCCCCUGUCAGCAGCUUCUCCGAAGGGCUCGCCCAUUCGAGGACCAACCCGGCGACGACCAGCGCUGCCGGUGGUGCGUUCGCCACCACGACAGCAGCAGCAGCAGCAGCAGCAGCCACCCAGCAGCAGCACACCGGCCGCAGAACGCGCCUCUUGGGGCCAACCUGGGAAUGACACGGCCACGGCCAGCCACCCGCAGAUUCCGCCCGCACCAGCUGCAGCAGGCGCCCACAGGGUCUCGAGUGCGAACGGCAGAGGUUCCGGCGGCGGCGGCACGGGCCCGCCGCCUGCUGCCCAAAAGCCGAGCGGGCUUGACGCGCUGAUGUCAGCGGCGAGGGGGCAGGCAAAGGCGGCGAAGGCGGGACCGCCACGGGCCUUGACAACAGUGGAGAUGGGCGAGGUCGCCGCCAG